UUUCAUUCACACAUAUUUGAGUACUCUUUUAGUAAUAACAGUAGAAGAAGAAAGUUAGACCGGAAGUUGUUAGUCAGGCCUCCCUUCAUCAAAAUAGUCACUUUUCUAUUCUGCUGUUUCUCUUUUGGUGUUUGUUUAAGCGUCGCCUGGAAGUAUUACAUGAUAAUCCUUCAAUUUUCUCCGUGAAUCCUCGACUUCCGGCCGGCCCCCAGCUGAUGCCAGACCCCUGCCUCACUCUCUCUCCCGGCCCCCUCCCUCCCGCUGGAGCUCGCUGCCUCUCGCCCCGAUCCGCGUCUCUUUCUCGGUGUGUGCUGUGAGAUUCGACCGGAGGCAGAAUGGACAUCGUAAAUCAGCUGGUGGCCCAGGGUCAGUUCAGAGUCAUCAAAGUCCCUCUGGGCUUCAUCAAGGUCCUGGAAUGGUUUUUCGCGAUCUUUGCCUUCUCCACCUGUGGCAGUUACUCGGGGAUGUUCCGGAUGGCCGUGGAGUGUAAAAACCGCACAGAGAGUGACCUGAAAAUCGAGGUGGAGUUUGAGUAUCCAUUCAGACUGCACCAGGUGUACUUCGACGCCCCCACUUGUCGGGGAGGGAACACAGAGCGGUGUUUCCUGGUGGGAGAUUACUCUUCUUCAGCCGAGUUCUUUGUGACGAUCGGAGUGUUUGCUUUCCUCUAUGCCUCUGCUGCUCUCAGCGUCUAUGUCUUCUUCUACGAGAAGUACAAGGAGAGCAACAAAGGACCCCUCAUUGACCUCGGUGUGACUGCGUUCUUCGCCUUCAUGUGGCUGGUUUCUUCUGCUGCUUGGGCCAAGGGUUUGUCUGAUGUGAAAACAGCCACAGACCCGGAGAAGGUGGUGACUCUGAUCCAGGCCUGUGACAAUGAAGCCAACCGCUGUAAAGAAGUGCACGACCCCGUCAUGUCCGGACUCAACACCUCUGUGGCAUUUGGCUUCAUAAACCUGGUGUUGUGGGCUGGAAACCUCUGGUUCGUCUUUAAGGAGACUGGAAUCAUCGCCCCGUUCAUGAGAGCUCCUCCUCCUCAGACCAAACCUGCUCCAGACGCAUACGGCCAACAGGGGGCGUAUGAGCAGGACCCCUAUGCCUCAGGACAGGGGGGUUACCAGCCUGACUACAACCAGCAAGGAUACAACCAGGAUGCAGAGUACGGACAGGGCUAUGGCCAACAGGGGGCGCCCACCUCAUUCUCCAAUCAGAUGUGAGCCUAGAAUUCGCACAGACAGAAAGCGUUGGAGUGAAGAAGCACCACUGGGCUACAGCCUGCUCCGCUUCUCUCUGUUCUGUCUGUUCUGAGAGUUUGGGGUUAUGGAGAUUUGGGUGGGGGUUGGGUCUGGGGUCUGGGAGGGGGGUACAAAUUGGUGUGGUUCAGGGUUUGGGGUUUUUGCCUUGGGUGGGUGGGACCUUUAGAUGUUCACUAUAAUCAAUGUGUAAAUGACUAAAGCACCAAAAGUCCAGCCCAGUGCGUGUAUAGAUGAUAAUGUUAUUGAUAUGAACUAUGGGCGAAUGUAUGUUUGUGACAGAUGUUCUAUAUUAUCUAAUAGCAGCGUUUAUUUCAAUAAGCCACGCCCCCGGGUUAUUCAGAUGAGGCGAAGUAGGUCAGACUGGGCUCAAAAAAAGAAAAAGUGGCAGGUGCAGAGCUGGAGAGGACGACAGGUGCAGAGCUGGAGCAAAGAUGUUUCUAGAUAGAGUAUGAUGCUGAUUUCUAUCUUACAUCCAUAGACUGUAUAAAGAAGUGGACAAAGUGAGUGUGACUUCACCCAUAGACUUUAUCUCCAGUCAAAUAAAGCUCACAGGGGCUAGCAGUUAUAAGAGCAGAGCUGGAGCCAUGUCCAGAUUAGAAAUAGGAAUUUAUUUAUGGGCAAAUGAAAAUGAAAACACCAGGAUCAUGUAGAGUGGAUUAAUAUGAACAUUUUAAGACCCAAAAUUCGAGGUUGACAGCAGCAGCUACAAAAGCAGUGACAAUUUUCAAGAGUCAGUGGAGCCAGAAGUGCCCCCAUCUUCACUUCCUAAUCGGAAUGCGGCAUCUAUUGGGUUAGCUAUGUUUAUAUCAGGGGUCAUCAAACUAAGGCCUGCGGGCUGACUCUGGCCCUCCCACCACCUGAACUGGCCCCAUAAGGCAAUCCUCAAAACUUUAUGGCUUAUUUUUUUAUAUACUUUUUGGCAAAUAAUAACAUUGUAUUUUGUUGAUUUUUUCAGUAAUAAAAUGGUAUUUAUAUGAAGAAUUUAUAUUUAUAUUUAACUGAUUAUAUGACAUAUUUACAUUUUGCUCAAGAUCAAAAAGUGUCAACGCACGCAUAGAGUUUUGUAGUGCAGUUAAGGACCGCAAAAUGGCUUGUGUUAAAAUAUAAAAAGUUAACAAACAGUGCUGAGUUUUCAAAGAACAGUGGACGACUGAUUUUUUAUUUAUUUUUGUUCAGUAUAAGGACCGUGCAGUUUGUCUGAUAUGUAAAAAAAAGUGUGACAGUUUUCAAAGAAUAUAAUCUGCGUCAUCAGGGUCAAACAAUUCUGUUAUACGGCCGACCAGACCCUGGCCCCCCAUCACAGUCAGGAGUGAUAAUGUGGCCCCCAGAGAAAAAAGUUUGGUGACCCCUGAUUUAUAUAAACAGUCUAUGCUUACAUAAUUUCUCUAUAUUUCCAGAUUGAGACAAACUGGAGACGUUGAGGAGAUAGAAUAGAAACAACACCAGCUCUAAACCUACCACUGCCUCAAACAGCUUCCUGUUUUUUAUUUAUUUUUGUUUCUGAUAAGUCAUGUGUGCUGCAUGUAAAUAUAAUAAGGAAGUGAUGUCAUUCAGCCCAUGUUUGAACCCAGUCUGAUCCUAACUUCCUGCUGGAUCCAAAAUGGCCGCCAGUUUCAAAGUUUUGCCCUGUCUCUGCUGUGUGUUACAUUCCUCUGAAGAGACGUCCCGCUCAACAACUACAAAAUGUCUUUAUUUUAAUAUUAAAUUGUACAAACUUUAUAAUAUCAAAUGAUCUUUAUCGAUUAAGAAUAAUAUCGUGGUCAGUUGCGGGUAUAAAAAAUGUACAGCCUAGUUUUAAAGCUGAGAAUAUUAGAAGACUUCAACUCCCAUGAUGCACCUGAACAACACAAAUAUGCACAAUAUUUAUUUUUUAGAGUAACUUUUGGUGGAGGAUUCAUCACCUGUUUCUCUUCAGAGGUGUUGCCCUAAAUGUUCCACAGUAUGUCAUUAUAGUAAUUUAUCUCUACAGUAACAGCUGGUGAUGCUACAGGGCUAGGUUACAUGUCAGAUCUGUGGAGAGGCGAGCCCACUCCUCACAGUAAGAAUGCAAGUUUUGAAGCCUAUAAAAACUUGGUUAGAUGGAUAUGUUGAAUGCCAUACCGGGACAUUCCAGACAAAGCAACGACAUCUCCAUGGAGACAAGCAGAUGAGAGACCCUCCACCAGAAAAGUUACACAGUGCACCUUUAAUUUAAAACAGGCUGAAUUAGUAGUUAAUAUUACAGAAAAACAUAGAGAAAAUGUCAAUCAUGUCUUUUAUAAGUUCUAAGAGUUGUCGUGACUUGAAGCCUGAAUAAACUUAUAUUUAAAAAAAUCACCAAGACAUUUAAAAGAAUGUCUGUAUCAUUUAUUGCACUUUAAGUUGUAAAAUAUUUAUUUAAAAAAAUAAAUUGUUGAGCGGGACUUCCCUGUUUCUGCCAAACCCAGUGUUGUGACUGGUGGAGUCCUGGGCCAAUCAGCUUCCAGCUCGUGUGGUUGAUGGAUGGAUUUUGGGGAAGUGGUGCAUGGUGCUGUGUUUCUGCUCGUGUUGUAAAAUUUCAGAGUGUCAGUGAACUGCCCCCUCCCCUCUGACUGAGAGAUACAUCCUUAUUUUACGUUAAUUUCAUUUAUUUAUUUAUUUUAACUCUCCAGUUAAUAUAAUAAAUUUGAAGGGACAUAAAUCUAAAGAUACUAGGUUGUAAAGGGAAAUUAUUUAGUAUUAUUAGAUUAUUUUUGUUAUGCUUUUCCAAGUUCUUAAAUUCUCAAAGGUGUAUUGUGUAACUUUUUGGUUGUUGGUUGUUAUUGCUCUGCCUGAAUGUUCCACAGUAUGACUUUAAACAGCUCUUAUUCAAUUACAGGUGGUUUUAUAGCUCAAAAAUGCCUAUUAAAACAGGCAUUCUGACACAGAUCUGACCCCUAACUUGGUCUGGUUUGGUUUCCAUGAAGAUAGGAUGGUUUAAUGCCAUACUGUGAAACAUCUUAGACCAAGCAAUAAUGUUUCCAUGGAGAAAAUCAGCCAGAAAAGUUACUCAAUGCACCUUUAAGGGAAGGAAAUCAAUUUUACUCCUGGAAUUAGAAAUAAGGGAUGGACAAGAUUGCAAUAUUAGGGAUGUACAAAGUAUCUGUUACCAGCAAGAAUGGGUGGUGAAAUUAAGUUCAAACUGCCUCCUUCCUUCCUUUUUACACUUUUGGCGUAUGUGUGAUGUCAUUUCCUGUGUCUCCACCCGUAACCAUGGUGAAAGUGUUUUAUUAUUACGGUUUAUUAUUUCUCUAAUAUUUAUGAUGUCACUGAAUACUGCAGCUGAUUUGUCGAUUUCUUGAGUUUACGUUAAUGAUGUCACUGAUAACUGCAGCUGAUUGGUUUGUGUGACUUGUUGCUAUGGAGACGCCCCACCCCCCCUUC